AUGUCAAAUAUUUUGAAGUGGUUUGGAGGCGCCGGUCGUAACAAAGACGUGACGAAGGAUACAAUCACUCGAUUCCAGGAUACUUUGUCUAUGUUUGAAAAGAAAGAGCAAAGACUAGAGCGUCAAAUUGCUGAACAAAAUGAAAUUGCCAAGAAGAAUGCGACUACAAAUAAAAGGGCGGCAUUGGCGGCCUUAAAAAGGAAAAAGAUGUACGAAAAUGAACUUGAAAAGAUUGAAGGAAGUCGCAUGAAUAUUGAGCAACAGCUCUAUACCAUCCAGAAUGCAAAUCUCAACUUUGAGACCUUACAAGCUAUGCGUCAAGGUGCUGAGGCUAUGAAGCAAAUCCAACGAGGUGUGGAUGCUGACAAGGUUGAUAACAUUAUGGAUAAAAUUCGUGAUCAACAAGCUAUUUCUGAAGAAAUUUCUGCUAUGAUCAGCACACCCGUGGGCUUGAACGCAGACGUGGACGAAGAUGAACUGGCAAAUGAAUUGGAUGAAUUACAACAAAUGGAGCUUGAUAAUAAGAUGCUUGGAGCCGAGAAGCCACCUGUUCAUGCCCCUGGAGUCCCUACCGGUACCCCCGUUGACAAACUUCCUUCGGUUGACAAACCUCAAGAAGUAGAUGAGGAAGAGGAACUAAGAAAACUGCAAGCUGAAUUCUCCCUUUAA